AAGUCUGGAGGCUUCGGGCUUGAUCUGUGUUUGUUCCAAAAGAAAGCCAAGGAGGACGGUGUUAAUAAAGAGAGAUUUAACCGAGAGCUGUGCUUGGAAUAAAGUGGGCUACAAAAAGGUCAAAUUUGAUCAGUCGGAGCAGAUUACAGGGGCUUGAGAAGGUGGUGCGGAGAACUGAGCCGGGCCUGGGAGGGACCCAGCGCGGGGUGGCCGUGGGGGUGGAGAGCGGCCGGGACGCGCCCGCGCUCACCGGCCGGGGCGGUGCGCACAGCCGGCGCCCCCCGCCGCCCGCCCGGCCCGCCGCGAGCCCCCUCGCCCCGCUCCCCGCCCCGGGCCUGCGCUCGCCUCCCGCCCCUAGACCAUGGUGUCCCUAAUCUCCGACUCGGAGCCACUCAGAGCCUGGAAAGUUUGAAGAGAGACAACUACCAAGUUAGUGGGAAGUCUACCAAGUAACGGCACAGCCAACAAGAUGAACGGCGCUUUGGAUCACUCAGACCAACCAGACCCAGAUGCCAUUAAGAUGUUUGUCGGACAGAUCCCCCGGUCCUGGUCGGAAAAGGAGCUGAAAGAACUUUUUGAGCCUUACGGAGCCGUCUACCAGAUCAACGUCCUCCGGGACCGGAGUCAGAACCCUCCCCAGAGUAAAGGUUGUUGUUUCGUAACAUUUUAUACAAGAAAAGCUGCACUUGAGGCCCAGAAUGCACUGCACAAUAUUAAAACUUUACCUGGGAUGCACCAUCCCAUCCAGAUGAAACCUGCAGAUAGUGAAAAGUCGAACGCCGUGGAAGACCGAAAAUUGUUCAUAGGAAUGGUUUCGAAGAAAUGUAAUGAGAAUGAUAUCAGGGUGAUGUUUUCUCCAUUUGGCCAGAUAGAAGAAUGCCGGAUUCUCCGGGGACCCGACGGGCUGAGUCGAGGCUGUGCGUUUGUCACAUUUUCUACAAGGGCAAUGGCACAGAAUGCAAUCAAAGCCAUGCAUCAGUCUCAGACCAUGGAGGGCUGCUCCUCGCCCAUCGUAGUGAAGUUCGCGGACACUCAGAAGGACAAGGAGCAAAGGCGCCUCCAGCAGCAGCUGGCCCAGCAGAUGCAACAGCUCAACACUGCCACCUGGGGGAACCUGACGGGUCUGGGUGGACUCACCCCACAGUACCUGGCGCUUCUACAGCAAGCCACCUCCUCCAGCAACCUGGGUGCGUUCAGUGGCAUUCAGCAGAUGGCUGGCAUGAAUGCUCUGCAGUUACAGAACCUGGCAACGCUGGCGGCGGCGGCGGCCGCGGCCCAGACCUCAGCCACCACCACCAAUGCAAACCCUCUGUCCACCACGAGCAGCGCCCUGGGAGCCCUCACCAGUCCCGUGGCGGCUUCAACCCCCAACUCCACUGCUGGUGCAGCCAUGAAUUCUCUGACCUCUCUUGGGACUCUGCAAGGACUGGCAGGAGCCACUGUCGGACUGAAUAAUAUUAAUGCACUAGCAGGUACCAUAAACAUUGCUCAAAUGCUCUCAGGUAUGGCGGCUCUGAAUGGAGGACUUGGCGCCACGGGCUUGACGAAUGGCACGGCGGGCACCAUGGACGCCCUCACGCAGGCCUACUCAGGGAUCCAGCAGUACGCGGCCGCGGCGCUGCCCACGCUGUACAGCCAGAGCCUGCUGCAGCAGCAGAGCGCCGCGGGCAGCCAGAAGGAAGGUCCAGAGGGUGCAAACCUCUUUAUUUACCACCUUCCACAGGAGUUUGGAGACCAGGACAUUCUGCAGAUGUUCAUGCCUUUUGGAAAUGUUAUCUCUGCUAAAGUCUUCAUUGACAAACAGACCAAUCUGAGCAAGUGCUUUGGCUUUGUUAGCUACGACAAUCCGGUGUCCGCACAAGCUGCUAUCCAGGCUAUGAACGGCUUUCAGAUUGGCAUGAAACGCUUGAAGGUCCAGCUGAAGCGCUCCAAGAACGACAGCAAACCUUACUGAUCCCAACCCCAGAGGCUCCCUGCUCUUAUUUUAGCUUUCUUAGGACAUCUUCAUGCCCGUUAGUUCACCGUUUGCCUAGCAUGUCCCUGUGGCGUCUCAAAAAAAAGUUUCAUCGUCCCGUCAUUGUUUCUGAUGUCUUUCUGACCUCACAUCACAUUUGGUUCUCCUACUGACCUUUGAUCUAGUUUGACCUUUGAAAUUUGCAUGUGACCUCAUCUAGCUAUGAAUUCUGGGAAGUCAAUGUGAAAAACAUUGCUGCAUUCAUGCAAGACUGAAAUUUAUUAUUAGACAAAUUAAUUAUAGAAAAAAAAACCUGUGGCAAAAACGUUUCUUUCUUAUUUUUUUUUCUUUUCAUAAAACAGACUUGAAAGUAUUAUACAGGGAUUGGCAUUCUUCCCGGUCACUGGUAACAAUAGCAAUAUGUGUCCAGGGACACAGAAUGUUGGUUUCUAACAGACUACUUCCAAAAACAGUUUGAGAAAAAAACUGUCUGAUUUUAAGUCUCUAGAGGUCUGUAAUAGUUUUUACAUUUUUCAGGCAGUGUAAAGUUUUUUGAUAAGGCCAUUUUAGGUGGCUCACUUUCUCAUUAAGAUAUAUAUAUAGAACCACUUUUUGUAGAUUAGUAUAAGAAAAAUAUUUACCCUGUUUUGGGGCAAAUGCUACCUAUUUGUGUCACCUUUUGCUGAACUGACUCACAGUUAGACAAUCCAUGGUUUAAUGCACAUGAAAUUACCUAUAUUUUAUACUGUUUCAAUGUACAGGAGAAAGGUUACUGUAAACUGUGUUAUGUUGGUGCUUCUGUGAAUUAAGUUGUGGUUUCAAUCAUGAGUCUUAUGGUCUUAAUGUUCUCUGUUGAUAAGACAAGUUUAGAAUUGGUUUACUUAAAGAAUUUCAAAAAAAAAAGUUUGCUUAAAAAAAAAAUUUCAUGUGAGGGAAAAAAAAAAAACCCUAUUCCAGAAUAAGUUUUGUGUUGGCUUGUAAAGCAUUGAUGUCAUUUUUUUUUUUAUUGUGGACUAUUUAGAUGUGUUUGUGUUCAGCAAAAUGUGAUUUUUUUCUUUUAAAGAAAAAAAGUGAAAAUAUAUAGUGCCAAAUUCCAAAGGUACUUCCUUCCUAGAGCUUCAGUGUGUUUCUUGUGAGAAGUAAUUUGAUAACAUGGGUAUUUUAUUAUGUGUUUUGUAUAAAUCCCUAAUAUUUAAAAAACAAAAAACAAAAAAAAAAAAGAGGUUAAAAAGUUUGUUAACUUGCUACCCUGUGGUCUUGUUGCCUGAAAUUGUUAUUGUUUGUUAUUUCUCUAUGAUGUUUUUUGUAAGACAUUGUAUAAGUGCCCAUGUCUCACUUUUUUAACCGCUCUGCACAUCAAUGCUGUGACGGCAACCUCACGAUGUAUUUCCUUCAUAAUAUAUGGAAACCUCUAAGGUGAGAAAGUUUUGAACUUCUAACCCUUUCUACCCAGAGCUGUCUGGAGCGUUGGUAACUUUUUAUACCAUUGUCAUUUUUGUUUGUUCCAGGGUGUUUCUAAUUUGGAUCCCUCUCCCCUCCCCCCCCCAUACAUCUUUGAGGUUUUGGGGUUUUUGGGGGGGGGUUGUUUUUGUUUUUGUUUUCUUUCUUACCUUUUUUACCUAUUGGUUGAGAUCCAAAAGAAACAAAACUCCACAAAGCAAAUCCGAAGGGAAAAAAAUAUAUUUUCACCAUCUCUGUUUUUGGGGUUUUUUUCUCCCUACACCACUUUUUUUUCUUUUAGUUUUGAUUAUUUCUGGUCAUUUAAAAAAAAAAACAAAAACGAAUGUGCUGUUGAAAUUCCUUCUCUGGUUUUAAUUAAAAACAGUUGAUUGAAUAAAACUUCUAAGGGGGACAUUAGGUAGAUUCAGCACCUACAUUAACCUUAAAUUCUAUAUGCUUUUGAGAUCAGGUGUAGGGGUAUGUUCUAGUUCAGAGUAUUUUCAUAUACCUUCCAGUUAAAAGACUUUGUGAUGAAGUAGUGUUUUGAGGGAUUUUGUUUCUUAAAUACUCUCAGUUAAUGAUGUUUCUAAUCAGCCACUGUGCUGGGCAUUCUCUGAUCCCAGGAGAUACUUCUGAUUAAGCAAGGUGUCUGGGGUUAGAAGAUGAUAGUCCUUUCUUUUCCUGCCUUUUUAUUAACUUUAUUAAUUGAAAUCACUGAAAGGGGCCUGACCAUCUAAGUCCAACUCUGUUCUUUGUCACAGUUACUGACCAAAUACCUAGCACUAGCACCAGAUCCUGCUGCCACUCUGUGAAGUGCCAUAUUACUUUGACUUCGACUUCACGUUGAACAGAUCUCUUGCUGUCUUGACAAACCCCAGUGUCAUCCCGGAAGCCCCAACACAAACUCCUGCCUUCUUGAAAGCAGGCCCUGGAAGCUUCUUUAUCUCUAAAGGAGUUCAGAAACUGCUGGCUCCCUUUCCUUCCUCCUCCUCCCACUCACUACUCUGUUCAGUAAUAAGUGUAUGGAUGCGAUAGCCCUGGGAUGGAAAGGACUAGCCUCUAAUGAUGCAAAAAAAAACA